AACAGGAAGUGGAUGAAUGGACUGUUGAUAUGUAACGUUCACUAGUUCACUGUAACCUUUGACCGUAACACACCUCCGUGCAGCUGGGACGAGAUUCCCCACAUUUACCAUAAAAUGAGGUGGGUUGGCUUCUCCCUCCUCCGCCACAUCUCUUCUCUCCCCCCCUCAGGCACCAGGACAUGCUGCCUCCACCAAAGGGUCUUCACUGGUUCCCACACCUGUUACAAGACCACCAUCCCUGGUCACAGUUCCCAGCACAGGAGGGGUGUGAGCACAGCCCUCAGGCCGCACAUACAGGACCUGAGUGGGCCUGAGCAGAGACUGUUGGACAAACUGUAUGUGGGGCUGAUCGGAGGUCAGAGGGCGUCUCUGGCCGAGUCCAUCACUUUGGUGGAGACCCAGCAUCCUAGGAAGAAGGAGCUGGCUCAGGUGCUGCUGCAGAGGGUGCUGGCCUACAGGAGGGAGCAGGAGAGUCGGAAUGGAGGGAAGCCGGUGGCUUUCCGAGUAGGUCUGUCAGGUCCUCCAGGAGCAGGGAAGUCGACCUUCAUCGAGGUGGUGGGGAAGAUGUUAACAGCACGUGGACAUAAGGUUUCAGUGCUGGCUGUGGACCCGUCCUCCUGCACUACAGGAGGGUCUCUGAUGGGUGAUAAGACUCGUAUGACCGAACUCUCCAGGGAUAUGAGCGCUUUUAUCAGGCCAUCUCCUGCCUCAGGAACACUUGGUGGAGUCACCAGAACAACUAAUGAGGCCAUUGUUCUCUGUGAAGGAGCGGGAUAUGACAUUGUCCUCGUAGAGACCGUAGGUGUGGGCCAGUCAGAGUUUGCAGUGGCUGACAUGGUUGACAUGUUUGUGCUUCUGAUUCCGCCAGCAGGGGGCGAUGAACUCCAGGGUAUCAAGAGAGGCAUCAUUGAGAGGGCGGACUUGGUGGUGGUGACGAAGUCGGAUGGAGACCUGCUGGUGCCAGCCAGGAGGAUCCAGGCUGAAUACACCAGCGCACUCAAGCUGCUCAGGAGACAGUCCAAGUCCUGGAACCCUAAGGUGGUGCGCGCCUCCUCAUACACCAGUGAGGGCAUCCCAGAGGUCUGGGCAAAGAUGGAGUCGUACCGGGACGCCAUGUUAGCCUGCGAUGAACUGCAGGGCCGGCGGAGGGCCCAGCAGAAGGUUUGGAUGUGGACAUUGAUCCAGGAGAACGCCCUCUGCCAUUUCCAGAAUCACCCCAGUGUCAGAGAGGCUCUACCUCACCUCGAGGAGAGGGUCACCAAAGGAGCCAUCUCCCCGGGCCUGGCUGCUGACCUGCUUCUCAAAGCCUUCUCAUCAUCAUCACCAUAGUUAUCAGUGGGACUGCACUUUUGGAGAAGGAUGGAUUGCUCAUGUCGGAUCAGGGACACUCAGUGCCAAGGAAAGCCAGGACAGAGUUGAACAUGUGACCUUGACUCUGGUUUGCACAAAGACAAGCAGUCUUGCUUUUUUCACAGUAAAAACACCUAAGAUGGAAGUCACCCCUCCACAGAACCUUCCUUUUCUGCAUGCUUUAAUCCGCAUCAGGAGAGGAAGAGUGUGCUGUGAGUUGUCCCUUCUCAGCUUCUCUUUCAGACACUUUCAUUUAGACAGUAGACCACAAAACAAAACUUUUCAAUUGUGUUUAAUAUUGCUGUGAGAUAUGAAAAUCUUACGCUGCCAAUUGCCUAGUUUUUCUAAGGCAUAUCCUGGGAUUGUCCUCUGUGACAAAGACCCUAUAGACCCUUGUUUUAAUGUGAUUAUUGUAAAACAUAGAGAGAACUGUAAAGACUGUUGUUACAUUAGGAGUUUGCACAAUACCCAUCACCUUUAUGAACGGGGUCAUUAAAUGUGACUUGUUCAUGCCCUAAAUAUUGACGUGACAAGUACUGUAGUGGUGUGAUUUUAUUAUUAGUGGCACUCUUGCUCACCCUCGUCAUACAUGGAUCAAUGAUGCACACUAUUUGUAACCCAAAAAGAAAAGUGUUAAAGAGAUGAUCAGGCUCAGAGAAAUGAGAUUUAUUAUGGCCAGGUGGUUCUCUUGUUGAGCUGCAAUUGACAUUCUCCCUUUGAAAAGCAACUGACCUACAAAAUGUUUUAUUUCACUAUUUGGGUUUCUGAGUUGAAUAUUAUAUUAAAAGAAUGAUGUGAAUCUUAAAUGGAUAAGAGAGUAACAUUAAAUCUGUCAGUACAGUUGCCCA